AUGUCACGAAAACCUAUUUUUCUUGUCGGUUCAAUGAGAAAACAAAUUACUGGUAGUAAAUUACCAUGCCAAAGAGAUGUUUUAAGUGUAUUGUUUUACAAUAUGCGUGAAGUGAAAUUAAACUUACAUGACAGUGCUUCUCUUGUAAUUGACGAAUGUUUAAUAUUUUGGAAAAAGGCUCGUAUACCAACUCAAGAUCGUUCUGAUUGUAUUAAAAAAUGCAAGAAGCUGUAUGAAAACUUCAAAAAGCUGGGAAAGCAUAAAACGCGAGCGAGUAUAUCUUGUAGACAAAAAGAGAAAGAAUUUGAAGACAGCUUAAAUAAUCUCUUUGAUAUAGCACAUGCUAAUGCAUUAGAUAUAAUAAAAAUCAAUGAAGAUAAGGAAUUUUUACUUAUGCAAAGGAAAAAUGGACGACCUGGUUGUAUGUUGGGAAUAGAUAUGAAAUUAACUACUGCCGAAUUGAAGAAAGCUGCGCAAGAAGAAAAGGAAUUGCAAAGAAGAAGAAAACAAUAUUGUGAAAUUGCAAGUACAGUACAUGAUUAUCUGUCUUCUUUUACUGAUUCUUCUAACGAGUUGGAAAUGGAAAUUGAAACAGAUAUACCAUUUUCUAGCCAACCCGGCACAUCAAAAAGUGAAGAAUAUGCAGAAACGGAAACAGAAAAUAAUUUUUCUUCGAGUCCUAAGCUGUCAAAAAGUAAAAGAGCUAGAAAAAAUAUUUUGACUGCUCGACUCUCAGCAGCAUUAGACAGAUGUAAAAUUAGUGAUAGGGACGCUGUUCACAUAUUGACAGCUUGCGUAGAUGCUAUCAAUUUAAAUCCACAAGAGUUCGUCAUUAAUCGAACUUCCAUUAAGACAGCUCGAGAAUAUUAUCGUAAAAAGAUCUCACUGGAUGAGUUCCUGAACUUUCGUCGGGAACUGGACGUGAAAUAUCAUCGGCUGUUUACGAUACACGAAUGGUCAUUAUUAGAUAUUGUUCAAGCUGUCGUUUUUGAUACCACUGCAAGCAAUACAGGUCGUUUGAAAGGUGCAUGUUAUCUUUUGGAACAAAAACUGGAUCGUGAUAUUUUAUUUCUGGCUUGCCGUCAUCACAUUUUCGAAAUUGUACUGCAAGGCGUAUUUGACGAAAUACAACUUUUUCCUAGUAAAGGACCAGACGUACCCCUAUUCAAAAGGUUCAAAAAUACAUGGAAAGAUAUUGACCAAACGCAAUAUUUAACAUGGUUGUCAGAUGCAAGUGUUAGAGAAAUGUUAAAAGACGAUGCAAAUGAGAUAUUACUCUAUGCUAAAAAAAAAAUUGAAGAAGAUCUACCUCGUGACGAUUAUCAAGAAUUUUUAGAAUUAAUUAUAAUAUUCUUAGGAGAGACACCAUCACGAGGAAUACAUUUUCAUCAGCCUGGAGCAUGUCAUUUAGCUCGAUGGAUGGCCAAAGCAAUAUAUUGCUUAAAAAUAUAUAUGUUUAGACAACAAUUCAAAUUAACCCAUAAGGAGGAAAAAGCUCUAAGACGGAUUUGUUGUUUUAUAAUAAAAUGCUAUGCAGAGGCAUGGUUUUCUGCUCCGAACGCGAUCGAAGCUCCUCUUAACGAUAUCAAUUUUCUAAAAAAAUUGAUAGCUUAUAAGAUCGACGACAAAUUAGUUGCGGAAAAAGCAAUUAAUAAGUUUAUUAACCAUUUAUGGUAUUUGAAUGAAGAAUGUCCGGCUUUUUCUAUAUUUGAUGAAAGAAUAAGUGAUGAAGAGAGAAGAGAUAUAGCACAAAAGAUACUUCUGGACAGAGAAACAAAUGAAGCGGACGAAAAAAACGAUAAAGAACCAGAAGAAAUGAGAGAGAAACUAUUUAUCAAAUUAGAUGAUUUGGAAUACUUCCUUAAUAAAGAUCUUCCCCAGGAAAUAAUUACGAAUAAUUCGAAAAAAUUAUUUGGUAGGUUCGAAAUUUCUCAAGAUUUUCUACAACUAGAUCCUAUGCACUGGAAAGAUCAGGAUAGUUAUAAAAAAGGAAGGAAAAUCAUAAAUUCUUUGAGAGUGGUAAACGAUACAGCGGAAAGAGGUGUAAAAUUGAUGGAAGAGUUUAACUCAAAAUUUACGUAUGACGAAUCUCAAAAACAAUUUAUUUUACAGGCGGUACAAGAUUAUCGUAAAAGGUAUCCAGGACAUAGUCGAGAGACGUUAAAUAAACCAUACUUAUAGUUAUAAAUAUCAGAUUUUGUACUUAUAAAAUAAAUAAACAAGUUCUAUAUUACACAAUUUUGGUAUUUAUUUAAUCGUAACAUAAUUUUUAGAAACUGAUUAGUUAAAAGAAUUAAAAAAUCGAUUUUUUCAAAUUUAAAUUCGAUGGGGCACAGGUUAAUAUUAUCCGAUCGAUCUAAAAUUUUAUAUGGGUUGUUUUUUUGUAUAAUGAAAGAGAACUAGGGGGUCCUACUAUUUAAAUUGAAAAAAAAAAAAAUUUCCUAUAUAAAUAAGGACCACCC